CCCACCCCGUCCGCGCGCCCAAGGGCAAGACCGCAAACGGGGACGAGAUCAUCACCGCCCUCUAUACAGUUCCCUCCCGAGGGAAGGAACCGCUUUCCUUGCGGAAAGUGCGAGAGCAACCAGAGUAAACUUCACUCUAGGGUGUCGAGGAUAUCAAUCAUCAACCAGGGUGGGAUCUGUAGCUCCUUUAGGGAACCAAGAGUAGGUCGAAUACUAUAG